AUGACACUGCUGUGCCUGCUCCUGUUCUUUCACCUCAACGGAAAUCGUUUGCUCAAGAAUGUUUGCGACGUUCCGGUAGGUAACUUCUCUAAACCGUGCUUAAAAGGAAAGAGGUUAUCUAUUAAAAUACCGGAGGAUUCUUACAAAGCGGGUUUGGAUAGAUGCAAGAACAAUCUCCAUGGCCGUUUGAUCAUGGCUAAGGGAGAUAAGCCUUUGCGUUUACAUGAUAUUCGCGAGAAGCUCACCAAAGCUUGGGCUCCGGUAAAUAAAUGGCAAAUCACUCCGUUGGGAAAGGGCUUUUAUGAGUUUUAUUUUCAAAAUUGUGAAGACCUCAAUCGGGUUUGGAGCAUCGGAACAUGGAAUCUUAAGCCGGGUUUGUUGCGUCUGUCUGCUUGGUCCAGUGACUUUAAACCUGAAAACUUGAAGGUUACUAAUGCUCAAAUUUGGAUUCGUAUUUAUGGUUUGCCACAAGAAUAUUGGAUGCCUACGACUCUUUUUUCCAUUGCAUCUGGCAUAGGUACACCUCUUUCUUUGGAUGAAGCAACUAAACAGCGCACCAUGGGUCACUUUGCGCGCAUUUUGGUUGAUGUUAAUCUUGCUGAGGAGCUGCAUUAUCAGAUUCUUGUAGAAAGGGAAGGCUAUGCCUUCUUUGUUGACAUAGAUUAUGAAAACUUGCCAUAUUUUUGUGAACAUUGUUGCUGCAUUGGCCAUUCUAUUGACAAGUGUAGAAACAUUAACAACAAGGCAAAGGACCAAAAGAAAAGUGUGGAGAAGGUUGUUCCUAACAAACCUAAUCCAAAAUUUGUCCCGAAGCAGAAAAAUAAGAACAAUGAACCUGUCCAGGACAAUGAGAAAAUAAAUGAAGAAGUCUCUGAUUAUGAAUCUUUACAUCCCGAAUCUGAUCAAGAGAAUGCGGAAGUGGUGAAAGACACUUUUGUAGAACCUAUAAUGAAUAAGGAGAUGCGUGCAGAUAAUGAUAAUCAUGCUGACAUGAUUGUGAAGCAUGCAGAAAAUGACAAAAAUGUGGAUGUCACUGUGGAUCAUGCACAACAUCAUGAAAUUCUGAAUCCUCGGAUAGUAGAGCAAACAAGUGACAUUCCAGUUGUUCAUGAGAAAGACCGCCACUUAGAUAAGAAUCCAUCAUCAUGGGCAGAUGAAGUUGACGAUUCACAUGAUGAAGGAGGGGAAUACACUGUUGUCACCUCAAAGAAAGGCAUUGGAAACCUUGACACAAGACCUCUUAAUCUUAAAAGAUUUUCUCUAAACUUUAGAAGACACGGUAUUCCUAAUCUUUGGGGGUUUUGUGACCUCAAUUUUGAUCCCUUGGUGCUUCAGUUGUCAGAACAACACGUGGCUUUCUCUCUUACUUUUGAUCAACAAACAUGUUAUAUUGCUGCAAUCUAUGCUAGUACCUCCCAUGUGAAUAGGAGAGAACUAUGGUCGGAGCUUAAUUCCCUUCAAUCUCGUUUUGUUGGCCCUUGGUGCAUGAUUGGUGAUUUUAAUGUUGUUUUAGGUGCUCAUGAAAAAUAUGGCAGAUGUCUACCUAAUAAAACUUCUUGUGAUGAAUUCUCUAAUUGGACCAAUUCUAAUCAUCUUAUUCAUCUUAAUACUCUCGGUAACCAGUUCACUUGGGCCAAUGCUAGGAGAGGUCCUGCUUAUGCUGCUCUUCGUUUGGAUAGAGUCAUUUGCAACUCUAUGUGGAUUGACACUUGGAAUUUUGUCUCUUGUACUCUUCCUAAGGUUCAAUCUGAUCAUCACCCUCUUCUUUUUAAUUUUGAUUCUGAUGUUCAAACUUUUCCAUCUUCAUUUAAGUUUCAAAGUAUGUGGAUGUCUCAUGAUGAUUGUAAGCGUGUUAUAUCUGAGCAUUGGAAAAAAGAUGUUGUUGGUUGUCCAAUGUUUAUUUUGCAAGCAAAAUUGAAAUCUUUGAAACCUAUUCUUAAAUCUUGGAAUAAAGAUGUUUUUGGUGAUGUGAACACCAAAGUGUCAAAUGUUGUUGCUAAGGUUGAUUCUAUUCAACAAAUUAUUAAUGAUUCUGGAUACACGGAUGCUUUAGGUGAUGAAGAAAAACUUGCUCAAGUUAGUCUGAAUGAUGCUUUAAGAGUGCAAGAACAUUUUUGGAGAGAUAAGUCAAGGUCCAAGUGGUUUGUUGAGGGGGAUAGAAACACUGGUUAUUUUCAUAAGCUCACUAAAAUAAGGCAUAUAUCAAAUAGAAUGAUUAGACUCAAGGCAGGGGAUAAUUACAUUGAAGACAUUAAUGAUAUUGAAGAUCAUGUGUUAAAUUUUUACAAAGAAUUAUUUGCUAGUAACAAUAAUUGUGCUCCUACUGAUAUUAUUGAGCGCACUAUACCUCAUCUUAUAACUAUUGCAGAUAAUGAUAUGAUGACCAAAAUUCCUUCUUUUGAAGAAGUUAAACAAGCUGUUUUUACUAUGGAUGGUUCUUCUUCACCCGGCCCUGAUGGUUUUGGGGGAUGUUUUUUUCAAAAUUAUUGGGAUAUUGUUGGCAGUGAUGUUGUGGACUCGGUCACUCAAUUCUUCAGUCAAGGUUGGAUUUUACCCAAUCUGAAUUCUAGUCAUGUGGCUCUUGUUCCUAAAUUUCCAGGUGCGGAUACUAUUGAAAAUUUUAGACCAAUCGCGGUGGCAAAUUUUCAAUUCAAAAUUAUUACAAAAAUUUUGGCGGACAGACUUGCGGUGCUUGCUCCUAAAAUUGUUUCAGAACAUCAAAGAGGGUUUGUACAAGGAAGACAUAUUUAUGAAUGCAUUUGUAUAGCCUCCGAGGCCAUUAACAUGUUGGACAAAAAAUCUUUCGGGGGUAAUAUGGCUAUGAAAAUAGAUAUUAAAAAGGCUUUUGAUACUUUAGAUUGGAGUUUCCUUCUCAAAGUACUACAGGCUUUUGGCUUUAAUCAUAAAUUUUGUUCUUGGAUUUCCACUAUUCUUCAUUCUGCAAAAUUGUCUCUCUUGGUUAAUGGUAAAACUGUUGGCUUUUUCGGCUGUUCUAGAGGAGUCAGACAAGGGGAUCCUUUAUCCCCUCUUCUUUUUUGUAUUGCAAAAGAAGUGUUGAGCAGACAUCUUUCUCUUCUUGUGGAUGAUAACAAGUUAAGUUGCAUUACUUCAGGUAGAACUAUUCUUCCUAGCCACUCUUUUUUUGCUGAUGACUUGAUGAUUUUUUGUAAAGCUACUAAAAAAAAUGCUAGAAACAUUCAUGAUUUGUUGGAAGAAUAUGGUGCUAACUCGGGCCAGAGGGUUAGUCCUCAUAAGAGCAAACUUUAUGGAGGCUCUAUUAGUCCUACCAGAUUAAAUACUUUGUCCAAUACUCUUGGAUUUUCUUUGGGUUCAUUGCCUUUUGACUAUCUUGGAGUUCCUAUCUUUAAAGGGAAGCCUAAAAACAUUCAUCUUCAGGCUUUAGCAGAUAGAGUCAAAUCUAAACUAGCUUCUUGGAAGGGUCAUUCUUUGUCUAUGAUGGGAAGAGUUCAACUUGUUAAUUCUGUGAUUCAUGAUAAGAAGAAAUUGGUCACUCUAUCUUGGGACAGAGUUUGUACUCCUACUUCAGCUGGUGGUCUUGGGUUGAGAAAACUAAAAGACAUGAACAAAGCUGGUUGCCUUAAACUUUGUUGGGACUUGAUUAAAUCUGACAAACAAUGGGCUAUCACUCUUAAAAGCAGAUUUUUUCGUAAUUCUAGUCCCAUCAAUCAUGCGAUUUCAUCAUCUAUUUGGUCAAGUUUGAAACAUGUUUUACAUUUGGUUCGUGAUCAUAGUAUUUGGCAAAUUGGUAACGGUUUAUCUACUUCAUUUUGGAAUGAUAAUUGGCUUGGUUACAAAUUAAAAGACUUAAUUUUGGAGCCACUUCCUAAUCCUAUUUUGCAUCUGGUGAAUGUCAAAGUUGCAGAAGUCGUUCAUAAUCAAGUUUGGGCUUUACCUGAAAUUUUUAAACAACAAUUUCCUAUUAUUACUUGCGAUAUUCAUGCUCUUUCUCUCCCAUCCAUACCGGAACCAGACGAAUUAGUUUGGGAAGAUUCUAUCUCUGGAGAAUUGACUUUUAAACUUGCAUAUUCUUGUGGUAUGCAGCCCCCUCAAUGUUUAGGUUGGACCAAGUUCAUCUGGAAACUUUUUAUUCCUCCUUCUAGAUCUUUAGUUGCUUGGAGAAUUAUGCACAAUGUUAUUGCCACUGAUGAUAACUUGAUCAAAAGAGGCCUCACGAUUGUUUCUUAUUGCAGUCUUUGUGGAAGUAGUUACGAAACUGUUACUCAUUUGUUCUUGCGCUGCCCCUUUAUAAUGCAGUAUUGGAACUGGUUAUCUUCUUUGCUAGGCAUGCCUCUUGAUCUCUCAAAUUUUGAUUCCCUUCUUGGCAUAUGUAACAAAGGUUGGAGUCCUCAAUUACAUGAUCUCAUUAUUGCAGCCAUUGUCAAUAUUUUGUGGAAGGUCUGGAAAUGCAGGAACAAUGUCAGAUUUAAUGAUAUUUAUCCCUAUUUUUCUCGUGAUCUGAUCUAUGUGAAAAGUCUUAUUCAUCAAGCAGCUCAUUAUUCCAAAGGUCACAUGUACUCAUCUAUAAAAGAAUUUUCUAUCCUCAAGCAUUUUGGUGUUGAUUGUCAUCCUCCCCCUCCGCCAUCUAUUAAACAAGUCAAUUGGAUCAUGCCUUCUAGUUUUUGGGUGAAGUGCAAUACUGAUGGAGCCUCUAGAGGUUCUCCAGGUAUUUCUUCUUGUGGUGGCAUCUUUAGAGACCAUCUUGGUACUUUUUUAGGUGCAUUUUCGGCUAACAUUGAUGUUGCAACCUCUCUUUAUGCUGAAAUUUGCGCUGCAAUUUAUGCUAUUGAAUUUGCUUCUGCUAAAGGAUGGACCUGUCUUUGGCUUGAAUGUGACUCUAUCCUCUUAGUUCAAGCUUUCACUAAUGUGAAUGUGGUCCCUUGGAAGCUGAAGGUUAAAUGGAAAAAUUGUCUUCAUAUCGUUAGAAAUUUUCGUUUUAGAUUUUCUCAUAUUUAUAGAGAAGGAAAUACUUGUGCAGACAGAUUAGCUAAUGCGGGUUUUUUUGUUAAUGGGUUAGUCUGGUGGGAUCAAUUACCAAGUUGCUCUAGAGAGAGUUUCUUUAGAGAUAGAGUUGGUUUGUCUAAUUAUCGCUUUCGCUAA